AUGAAUGGGAAAUGGGAAGUGAGAAAAUAUAACAACAAAAUUAAAAAGUCAGAGAUUGAAAAAGAGAUAGAGGAAGAGGAGGAAGAAGAGGGAAUUAAAGUAAAAGAGGAAGUGUAGAUAAAGGUAAUCAUAGAGAAAGAGGAACAGGAAGAGGGUCAAGUAAAGGAGAAAACGAAACAGGAGAAUAAAAAAGAACAGGAGAAAGAAGAAGGAGAAGGAGAAAGAGGAAAUGGAAGCGAUGAAGGAGAAAGAGGAAAAACAGAAGAAGGAGGAGGAGGAAAAAGGAAGAAGGAGAAUGAGGGGGAAAAUCAGCAGAAGGAGGAGGAAGAGGAAAAAGAGAACAAAGAUGUGAAGGAAGAGGAGGAGAACAAGGAGAAGAAGAAGAAGAGAAAGGAGGAGGAGGAAAAGAAGAAGGAGAAGGAGGAGAUGAAGGAGAACAAGGAAAAGGUGAAGCAGAAGAAUGCGAAGGCGAUGAAAAAUAAAAAAGUGAAGUGGAAGAAGAAGGAGGAAAACAAGGAGAUGAAGGAAAACGAGGAGGAGGAGAAAAAAAUGAAAAGGGAGAAGUGGAAGGAGAGAAGAAGGGAAAAGAAAAGAAGGAGAAAAAGGUAA